AUGCCCAUCAUCAAAAUGCAAUCCUCGGACGGUGAGGUGUUCGACACGGAGCUGCAGGUCGCCAAGUGUUCCGGAACGAUCAAAACCAUGCUCGAGGACCUGGGCAUCGAGGGCGGUGACGGCGAGGAGGACGUGAUUCCGCUGCCGAACGUAAAUUCCGCCAUCCUGCGAAAGGUGCUCCAGUGGGCCAACUACCACAAGGACGAUCCGGUUCCGGCCACCGACGAGGAUGAGACCAAGGAGAAACGGACCGACGAUAUCAGCUCGUGGGACGCCGAUUUUCUCAAGGUGGACCAGGGAACGUUGUUUGAGAUCAUUUUGGCGGCGAAUUACCUGGAUAUUAAGGGAUUGCUCGAUGUGAGCUGUAAAACGGUGGCCAAUAUGAUCAAGGGGAAAACCCCGGAGGAGAUUCGGAAGACGUUUAACAUUAAGAAUGAUUUUACGCCGGCGGAGGAGGAACAGAUUCGGAAGGAGAAUGAGUGGUGUGAGGAGAAAUGAAACCAAUAAAUUAUAAAAGUGAAUUUAUUUUAUUCUGCUUCGUUUUUAAAUUUAAUCCGAUUGAAUAAUUCAACACUCAAAAGAUGAAUAACUUUUACUGUUCAAAACAGCCACUUGUGCAGAAAGUGCGAUGAUACCAUUUGUAUCGACUUCAAGCACUUAAUUACUACCUUUCCGCAAAACUUAUUUCUCACGAUCAUCAACAACCCUAGCCGGAGUUCAGCAAACCCAACAACAUGUUUCUUCUGCCAAUUGAUCGUGUUUACGCGACGCGAUCGCAUCCCAUAAAUGUCGCGCCAUUGACAAAAGCUCUCCCUCGCCGCCCCAGAGAAAGCAUGAAUGAAAGCACGAAAAGUUUUACUAUCAAUUCACACGCCCGAAGUGGGAAAUCUUCUGCCAACCCUUUCGUCAAUGUUGUCACGUCUUGCCUUUCUGGGCUUUCAUUCAUCAAAUUAACGCUUCUUCUCACAGUGAGCUUUUCACUACUUGAGGGAAAAGUCAAC